AUGCGUCUCAGCUAUAUCGCCCGCCGAGUGCAAUGCGCUUCCCGCCCCCGAACCUUGAACCUGUGCAGCCGACGAAACUACGCAGUGCAACAACCUGGCGCCCCUAGCAUCUCGGUCUUUUCAAACGAAGCCAAGCAGCAGCAACGCUCUCGAGCCGCCGCCGACAUUGAGGAAUCAAGAGCCACGGAUUAUCUGAGAGAUGAGGUCGCCACGCGGCUGACUGGCCGUCUCCUUGACAUCAACCGCAAUUUUGACAAAGUCCUAGACUUCGGUGCCAAUUCCUGCAACAUCGCUCGAGUCCUCACAUUACCCGACCCUGAUCAGGACUCUGCCAGACCAGUUUCGGAGCCUUUGAGCUCAAAGAUCGGCCAUCUGACAUGUGCCGACUCCAGCGAGGCCAUGCUGCAUCGCGACCAAAACGAGCCUUUCAACAACGACAUCUCCCUUACACGCCAUAUCCUCCAGAACCCAGAGACUCUCCCCUUCGAAGCCAAUUCCUUCGAUCUGGUCCUCUCAUCCAUGAGCUUACACUGGAUCAACGAUCUGCCGUCUGUCCUUUCUCAGAUCAACAACGUUCUCAAACCCGAUGCCCCUUUCAUUGCCGCCAUGUCUGGCGGUGACAGCUUGUUCGAACUGCGUGGCUCUUUACAGCUCGCCGAGCAGGAGCGUCUAGGAGGUAUCGGUACUCACGUCUCACCACUUGCUGACGUUCGUGACGUCGGUAAUCUCCUUACCCGCGCCGGCUUCAAGCUACUUACAGUUGAUGUCGACGACAUCAUCGUCGACUACCCUAGCACAAUGCACUUGAUGCGUGAUCUUCAAGCCAUGGGCGAGUCAAAUGCUGCAUUGAAGCGCACUCCUGGACCUAUAUCAAGAGACGUUCUGCUGGCCACUGAGGCAAUCUACAAAGAACUGUAUGGAAAUGAGGAUGGUAGCAUCCCUGCUACAUUCAGAACCAUUUACAUGAUCGGCUGGAAAGAAGGCGCAAACCAGCCAAAACCGCUAGAAAGAGGCACUGGAGAGAUCAACAUCAAGGAUAUACUUGAAGGUGGUGGUUCCUACAACGGAUAA